GUUUAAAUUUUUAUUAAAGGACAACAUGAAUUUAAUUACUGUUAAUUAAAUAUUAUGUCCACAUUGUGGUAUGGAAUAACUUUCAGCUUAUUUAUUAAAUUAUGCAGUACCUCAUUGUCUGGAGCAAGGUUGGGAGAUUUCCCUUCUCCUGAUUUCACCAAAACUAUUAGGCUUACCAGCAGAGGGUAUCAUGCAUUUGCAGAAGUGAACCAUAACUUUGGAAUCAUACCAUUUCACGUUCAAGUCUAUGCAUUUUCAAAAGAUGGGGACAAUGCCAAUUAUUUGUUCGAAGGAGUUGGUUCUUGUCAAAACGAUGGUCAAGGAUCAGUUGGAUUUGGAGGCAUAUUAUUUGCCUAUAAUAAAAGUACUGUGCGCCUCUGGGCUCCAACCAAAAUGGGUCGUGUCAUAUUUGUUGGAGAAGGCUGGGGUGGCAAUAUGAACUCACAAAGUUCAACUGAAGCAUUUGUAACUGUUCAAGUUUGGAAGAAUGGACCUAGUCCCUCUUUUCAGAAGGUUUUACAAAUUCACAGUAAGAGAACUGAUAAGAUUGAAUUACAACAUCCAUUACGACAAAUACCUGAAAUUAUAAGUGUUAGAGUGACAUCAUCAAAUAGGAAAGAGGGUGAUUUUUUCUUUAAUGCUAUUGGCUCUGCGCAGACUUCGUCACAAUCACGGUCUUUUGGUGGAGUUAUUUUUGCAUACAACCAUAACAAGAUUGUGCUAUGGACUCCUAAUAAAAGUAAAACAGGAUGCAUAAACAUUGGAAAAAGGUGGGGGAAUGGUAAAUAUGCUGCAAGAUCUAUUCAAAAUUGCACAUUGCACAUUAGAUUAUGGGUAAAUUCAUUUCCUCCACCUUUAUUUCAAACUGAUUGGAUACCUCAUCAUGCCAACAAACACAAGGCUUCAUAUGUGGAGAUAAAACAUGACUUAAAAAUAUUACCAUCGUUUGUUAAAGUUCAAUAUCGUGCAGAAAACAAACCUGAUGCCCUGAUAUAUGAAGGUUUUGGUUCGGCGCAAACAACACCACUUAGUAGUUACAAAUAUGGUGGUAUCCUUUAUGCCUACAGUAGGGAUAGUGUCAGGUUGUGGUUACCUACAAGUAACAAGCCUGAUCAGGCGUACAUUAUUUUUGUGGGUGAUGGUUGGGGUAGUAAAAACGUUACCAUUUCCUCUGCAUUGGCAAACAUUCGCAUUCAAAUUUAUGCUAACAGAUGUUUUCGAGAGGCAGAUGUAAUUGAUGCACAAGGUUAUUGUAGAGACGCUACUGAUACUGCGUUAACACAAAUGAUGGGAUUAUGGGAGAAGUGCUCCAACCCAUGUGGUGAAGGUACAAAGCAUCGGAAUGUGAAAAGUUGCAGUGGUAAAAGGCUGCAAACUGUUAUUAGAUGUAACUUUGAUAAUGGCUCUUGUGGAUUUAAAGGUGAUGGAUUUACUUGGACUGUUACAAGUGGAGUCUCCGACUGGCAAGCCUCCAGUACUCUGCAAAUACCAUCCCAAGGUCCAAUAAAAGGAAUGAAUUUUAUUUACUCAAAUACAAGUCAAGCCAAACCUGGAGAAAAAGGAAGUCUUAUAAGUAAAGAGAUAAGCAAUGGAGAGAAGUGUAUUCUUUCAUUUAAAUACUUAUCAGAGUCAUAUUUUGGUACAUUAAAAGUAAAUCUGUUAAGAGAAGAUGGAAAACUCAUUGAAGAUGUUUGGUACAUGUUAGAUGAUGAGGUAAUGAAGGGAGUUUGGCGAUCAGCUUACAUAAAUUUUGGCGACACUUCUAAUAAACCAAUAAAAAGGUUUAUGUUUGUGCAGCAACUAAAAAUGCAAUCAGGUGCAUGUCCAGAUGAAUGUCAUCCAAUAUCUUUGACCGACAUCACUUUGAAGUGUGUUAAACCUGACUCGCACAUCAUAUCAAGUGAGCAGUGCAAAAAGAAAGAAGAUGUUCUGCCAACUUGUUUGUUUGAUGUUUUUAAACCAUUCAGAAAAGGUCCUGCAUGGUCUAUCAAUCACACUUUUGUUGUAGUUGAUGAUAAAAAGAAGAACCUUGGUCUUUUUGUUACUGCAGUUGGUGAAAAAGAUGAUUUGAUAGCCACCUAUAAAUUUCAUGUGUUGAAGAGUGGAUCAUAUAAUCUAUGGUUGGACUCAUUUGCCAACAGUACGAGUGAUAAUGGUAUCACAGUUCAGAUGCAAGAUGGAGAUAAAACUAGUAGUAAUUUGAUUUUUACUAGACAACAUGCCUUAUGGUUUCCGUUUAGUGUGACUUUCGAACUUCAAGCUGGUACCUACUACGUUCACUUGUAUUUAAAAGAAAAAUACUUUCGCUACAGAAAUAUCAUGAUAGCACCUAAAUAUAUAAGUGCAUGGACCGACUUGGGCAUGCAAAGCAGAUAUAUUCCUGAUAGUAGUUUUAGUACACUUGGUGGAAGUAGUGCAGUAUACUAUGUAUAUUCUAGGUUGAAUGGAUUAGGAGCUUGGAUAUCACGAGAAAACCCGGGUAGAAAUUAUCUUCAAAUUAUACUGCCUGAGUUGGCAAUUAUCAAUAAGGUAGCAACUCAGGGUGGCAAGUCAUUUGAAGAAUUUUCAAGAUUCUGUCAAACUGAUCUUUACAAAGUCAAAUUUUCAUUGGAUGGCACAAGCUUUGUGUAUUAUCGAAUUAGUUCAUUAGAUGAUGUGUACGUUUUUACUGGCAACACCGGCUCUCCUAAUGAAGUGAAAGAACACACCCUUCACUAUGCCGUUGUAGCCAAAGCGAUUCGAUUCUACCCCUUCAAAUUUGAUCUACGCAGUUGUUUGCGCAUUGAAUUGUAUGGUUACUACAUAACACCAGAGAUGUGCCCUCAAAUGGAUACAAAAGUACGAAAUAAAACAUGCUUCGGGGAUGGUGAUUGUAGAUAUAAAAAUGCUGUAUGUGCGCUGAAUGAAGGUUUAAACAAAUCUGAGUGUACUUGCAAGAAGAGUUUUCAUGGAGAAAAAUGUGAGUUGGUUGGCUGCUAUCCUGAUCCAUGCAAAAAUAAUGCAACAUGCUUUGGAGAUGAGACGAGUUUUACCUGUGCAUGUAAGCCAGGUUUUAAGGGACGCUAUUGUGAAGUUCCAUGUCCAAGUGGCACUUAUGGUAUUAACUGCAAACACAAAUGUAAAUGUCCUGAGAGAGAAUAUUGUCACCCAGGCAGUGGUGGUUGCUCUUGUUUCCCUGGUUACCAUGGUAAUGAUUGCAAGACACCAUGUGCUAACAACACGUAUGGACAAGGUUGUGAGCAAACAUGUGCAUGUGAGAAAUUCAUGCUUUGUGAUCAUGUGACAGGCAAGUGUCAGUGUGAAGCAGGGUAUUAUGGUAAUGCUUGCACGAACAAAUGUUUGCCAGGAACUUAUGGCUUUAAUUGUAGUCAGAAUUGUUCCUGUGUUCAUGGAGUGUGUAAUGCUACAGAUGGGUUCUGCUUUUGCGACAGUGGGUGGAUGGGACCAGCAUGUGAUUUUAAAUGCCAACAAGGAAGAUAUGGAAGUAACUGCAAGGAGUAUUGUCAUAAUCCUAAGAAAUCCACAUGUGAUGCAGUUACUGGUCACUACACGUGCAUAGCUGGCUAUACUGGUCUUCAUUGUGAACAACGCUGUGUCGAGGGUAAAUUUGGAAAGAACUGUGAAAGUGAAUGCAAGUGUUUUAUGAAUCACACUGACAGAUGUGAUAUACAAACUGGCGAAUGUAUAUGCAAUGCUGGUUAUCAAGGAGAAAGGUGUGAGGAGCCAUGUGAGAACAUGUGGGGACCGAAUUGUGUACAUCAGUGCAAAUGCAAACACGACGCAAUAUGUGAUGGCAAAUCAGGGGCCUGCACGUGUUUAGAUGGCUAUGUUGGAACGUAUUGUGAAAGAAAAUGUGAGGAGUUUCGUUAUGGUAAAGACUGUGCACACAACUGCAGUUGUAUCCAAAAACACACUGAGCAUUGUUUACCUGAGAUGGGAGUUUGUAGUUGCAAACCAGGAUAUCAUGGCGAGCGUUGCCAACGAAAGUGCGAUCAAAAUCACUGGGGUAAGAACUGUCUUGAGAAUUGUAAAUGUUGGUAUGGCGCCCUGUGUGACCAUCGUAGUGGCUUUUGUUAUUGCCGCGAUGGAUUUCAAGGUCUUUAUUGUGAAGAGGAGUGUGACGAAGGACGAUAUGGGAAGCACUGUGCGAAUAUUUGUCAAUGUAAAAACGAAGCCUACUGUUACAAUGUCAAUGGAAAGUGUGAAUGUACGGCUGGAUUUACGGGUGACUUCUGCGAGCUGACUUGUCCUCGUGGUUUUUAUGGCUUGAAUUGUGUCAAGCAAUGCGCAUGCCUGAGAAACCAGACAUCUAUUUGUGAUCCCGUUAAUGGUUCUUGCUUAUGCCGGCCUGGCUAUCAAGGAGAAUUUUGUGAAAAGGAAUGUGUGGAUGGUCUUUAUGGUCAACACUGUGCUUCACAAUGCUCAUGCCAUCACUCGAAACAACCGUGCAACAAGGUAACAGGAAAUUGCAUAUGUACUUCUGGUUUUACCGGUAGAUCCUGCGCCACCGAUUGUGAUUGGUCAAAUUAUGGUCCAAAAUGUCAACAGACAUGUAGCUGUAAGAAUGAACAGUUAUGCAACAAUGUCGAUGGAAGUUGUUUCAAUGCAACGAAGUAUUCUUUCGAUAUUCAUUUGCUUGUUAGCGCAGAUAUUUUUUCAGAAGCGAAAGCAAGAGACUACUUAAAGAAAAACGUAGCGUACCUGAUGUUUCUGUGCAUGGGCAAAUAUAGGACACGCGUGGUAAAAUACCCUACAGGGAAUUUGACGCUACUUGGAAUGUGUCGCCUCGAUAGACCAGGGAAUUUAUGGAAUGAUGCCGGUAAUUUUCAAAAUCAAUAUUUUGCCCGGAUUGUUAAAAUAACUAAAAUGCAUUCUAAAGACGGCGAGGAUGUGUCUUCCGUUCAACUUUCGUUGUUCAGAAACUCGACACCAGUAGAUGGCGGUGUUGUUGAGAAAGUGUUGAAAUUUAUUGGUGCUGAUAAUCUUUCUAUAUUUUUGAAGCAUACAUAUUAUACAGGAGAAGUGCUAACUCCAUCAAAACAAAGUAAACCGUGGCACGAGGGGAAAAUGAAAAACAUUAUUAUCGGAUCUUCUGUAUUUGGUGGACUUCUCGUCAUAUUUAUCAUUGGCUUGAUCAUACGCUGCACUAAAAGAGUUCAAUAUCCUUCACUGUUUACGAAAAUUAAACAAGAUCCAAAAGAAAUCGAGAUGCCAAUGUUACCAACCAAGAACACUCACAUUCUGGCGUUUGAAAACCCCUAUUAUGACGUCAUUGCAGCCAUGGGAUUGGAUGACGAUAUAGAGGAAGAUUAUUACAACCCGCUUUAUGAUAACAUGUUAGAGUUACAAACAGACAGUGAAACUGAACCCGAAGAUAUUUAUUACGGAUAUCGGAAUAACCGAUAUCGCCAAAAUCAUUAUCCGUACGAUAAGGAUAGUGGUUUUUCUAGUGGAACUUUAAUGUAAUUCCGUUAGUUUGUUAUUUUUAUUUUUUGCUUUAAAUUAAUUAUUAAACCACGAGCUUAGCCACAUGAAAAUCGGUACUAUUGUUAAUGCUCCCUGUCUGUUGGUGAGCCAAAAUGCUUCCUGGAAGCUGAGAGAUGGGCGCGUUUGACGUGCGUUUUUUCACGCCUCACAACUGGUGUUUUAUUAAAGCGCUAAAUAUAAGGGGACUGAGCUCGGGGUUGAUUUAUAUUGUAAUAUUUAUUUAUAAAUCUAUUUUUGUAUGUUAAAGCAUCAUCUAAAGAUCAGAUAAAUGUAGCAAAUAUUUACAGGACCUUGCACAUGCGUAGUAGCGGAUCGUCUUCGUAUCAGCAUUGUAAGGAUUUGCUGAGUGAUAGAGAUACCUUAUUGCUUACUCAUGAAAAAAAAGGGGCAACAAAUCGCUACAUUUUGCUUUGAUUCUGAUCUUUGGGUUGUUACAAUAGUAUACCUAGACAAAUGAUAACUGUUUUUUUUAAAUCGUUUCUAUAUUUUUUAUAUUUAUUUUUUCAUUUUUUUGUAAUUGUAGUUUUUGUAUAUUUAUAUUUUUGUAGUGUUAAACAAGUUUCGAUUUUAAAACAAUGCGCAUAUUGAA